AUGGUCGUAAUCCCACGUUUCGGGGCUGAGGCCGACCCUGACUAUCCCAAACACUCACCUCCUCGUCCAACACCCGUUUCCAGUGCGACGCCCACUGCCACCGACAUCGCCAGCGUCACUACAAGCACAGCAUCAUCUCCCGCUUCGUCCAGCACAUCGGACGCACCUGGAUUCUUGCACAUCGCUACGGAUGGCGCAAGCGGGGACAAGAUCCUGCACGGAUUCCUCAUCGGAAUGGCCAUUGGCAUUAUUGUGAGCUUCGUGCUGUGCUGCUGGCUGCCGUGCUGCAGGAAGAAGCGGCGGUCACGGCUGCAGAGGCGGAACGACAAUAUCCGGCGGAGGCUGGUUGUUCUCGAGGACGAGGCGUGGGUGAACCAGAAUUGGCCGCAGAGGAGGCCGUGGGAUGUUGGUGAAGAUGAGAGCCAGAGCCAGAGCCAGAGCCAGAGCCAGAGCCAUGUGAGCCACGACUAA